AUGAGCGUGAUAGAAGUAAAAAGAUCUUCCACUGAGGAAAUUGAUGUUGAAGAGACGGAAAUUGAGACCUUUGAGUUUAAACAACUGAGUAAAGAUAUUACCAAAGUAAAGAUCGCAGAUAAAGAAUUUGAUCCGAAAGAAUUUCCGUCUCGCGUAUCAUUAUUCGCAUUAUCGAAUACGUUUGGGUACUUUGUUGCUGCUUCCACGGAAGGGUUUAUCUUCUCUACGACGAAAAAUCUGAGAAGCUCUUUCAUCGAUGCUACAGGACCGCAACCAACGAAGAGAUCAGAAAGGCCUCCCAUACAGCAGGCUGUUCAUGUUAAAAUAAAAGAUGGAAGGAUACGCUGUCUACGAUUGUCCUUUGAUCAAUUGACUAUAUGUGUUGCAGUAUCGAACGCUGCGAAUGCUGGUGGAGGACGUCUUUUACUUUACGAUGCAGCGGCUUUAUCUCGCGCUUGCAAGGAUGUUGGCCCGUACCAAGAAAUUUUCCUAGAUUCAGACAUUGUUGAGAUUAGACCAAAUACCGGUGACAAACCAAAUAUUAUAGCUGUUCUGUUAAUAACUGGGAGCGUGAUGAUUAUCAGCUUUGAGUCUAAUAAUGCAAAAGUUAUCUCGGAGAUUAAGGGAGACGGAAAGCAGAUCGCGUGUGGAACGUAUUCUGGGAAGAUAUUACAAUACACACAAGACGCAAUAGCCAAAGUUAUAUAUCCACCACCGCCUAAUUUACCGGAAAACCAAUCAAUGAAAGUGUUGAAUUUAUUCUGGUUAGAAACUUUCAUUUUUGUGGUAGUAUAUUAUCCUGUGGUACAAGAUGAAAAUGCGGAAGCGAUAUCAUACGCCGUAAAGCGAGAAUCAGACAGAGCUAAAUACAACAAGAUACCAGCACUAUGUCUUCCAGUCUUUGCAACAGAACGUGGACCUAACUUCUACAUAGAAAUAUUUAGAGGAUGGGAUAGUAAAAGUCCAUUUAUCUUAGUAUGCGCAAACACACAAUCUUCCGAAAUCGAACUGGUUGCAUUCAAUAACAAUCGAUGGACAAAAUGGUUUAUUGAAAUUGAAACAUCCCGAGCAUCACUGCCAUUAUCAGAUCUCCCAAACAAUGACGAAGAUACUCAUAUCGUCGGAAUGGCUCUUGAUUUCACUGAUAUUGAUGAAUGGAUGAUAAAGCUAGACGAAGACUCGACCUCAUCCGUACCCCCUGCCCCAAUACUAUAUAUACUCAACGACGAAGAUGAUGCAAUAGCCUAUAGGUGUUUUAAUAAAGAAGCAUUUAUUGAAAACGUAUCGUAUUCACAAAUGGCGAAAGCGCAGCAGCUGCCAGAAGUCGGACCAUCAAACAAGAAAGUUGAGCAAGGCGAGUACAGUUCCGUUGUGCAGCAAGACAAGGUUGACAAAACAAGCCAGCCAACGCUUCCACCAGAAACUCCCAAGGCACAAAUUAUUCCACCCCCUCAGAUUGAACAUGUUGGACAGAAGAAGAGUUCGCCAUAUUAUGAACCUGCCAUGGGACUGGCUCAACUGAUAGACGUAGUUCUCAAGAAACAAGAAAAUACUCAAAGACACUUUGAAAGCAGGAAGAGGGCUGCUGCUUAUCGUUUCUCUCGACCAGAAUAUGCUAGUGCAGAAGAUUUAAAUUGUUACGAUUUGCGCAAAAUUGAGAAACUACAAGAUAAAUUUAAACAUCAAUUAGAGAUAUUGGAUGCAAACUCUAACCAUCUGAAACAAGAAGUAGCCAAAAUACGCACGUCUGUUUACAAAGGUAGGACUACGUCAGAAAUGAUUGAACUUCUUCGAGAAGCUAUGGAAAGACCUACUACUGGAAGACUCGGUAUAAUCCAGGCACGCGUUAAAGGCCAGUUAGAAAAGAGUGUCAGAGUAUUGGGCGAAAAUAUUCAAUUGUUGGAAACUCAAUUAUCGGCUUUGAAAAAGCAAAUUGCAGAGCGCAAGGGUAAAAAGAUAUUAACGCCUCAGCCACUGGAAUUUGUCGACCGUUCAAUUUGUAAUAUUAGCAAGACUAUAUCAGUAAACUCUUGUGCAAUCGAUCGUUUAAUAGAGGAGAUGGGACAACUUGCAAUCUCGCCCAAUUCUGCAAAACCAACCUCCUCAAGUGUAAUCCACCACAGUUUGCGAGGCAAGAAACGAGAAAUCUCGACACCCGAUAACAUUAUAUUCCCUAAUUCAGCGGCGGCACCGGUGGCAACGUUCGUAACGCGCGAAUACAAAUCUGAUAAAUUGCGUAAUGCAUUUGAAACACAAAGAAGUCAGCCAGUGCUGACGAAAAUUCACCGUGAAAUUUUCGAAACACGAACCGCAAGUGGAGUACAUAUCUCGCCAAUCCGCACGCCUCCUAAAAGAACUAUAACGCAACAACAGAGAACGCCAUCUGCUAGACCUAGAACUCGAUAUGAUCAACGGCGGAACAUGGGAUUUAAUGUAAUAAGCUGGGAUAAAAAGGUGAAAGAAUUUAUUAAGAAAGACGAGAAAAUAUUAAAUGAAGAGGAGGAAGAAGGUGAAGAAGGUGAAGAGUUCUAUGAUGAAGAUGAGGAAGAGGAUGAAGUAGUGGAGGAAGUGGUGGAGAAAGAAGUGGUGGAGAAAGAAGUGGUGGAGGAAGUGGUAGAUGAAGAAGUGGAGGAGGAAGAAAUGGUGGAGGAAGAAGUGGAGGAGGAAGAGGAAGAAGUGGUGGAGGAAGAAGUUGUGGAGGAAGAAGUUGUGGAGGAAGAAGUUGUGGAGGAAGAAGUGGCAGAGAAAGAAGUGGCAGAGGAAGAAGUGGCAGAGGAAGAAGUGGCAGAGGAAAAGGUGGCAGAGGAAAAGGUGGCAGAGGAAGGAGUGGUGGGGGAAGUGGUAGAGAAAUUGGUGGAAGAAGAAGUGGUGGGGGAAGUGGUGGGGGAAGUGGUGAGGGAAGUGGUAGAUGAAGAAGUGGAGGAGGAAUAUGUGGAGGAGGAAUUGGUGGAGGAAGUGGUGGUGGAGGAAGUGGUGGUGGAAGAAGUGGUGGUGGAAGAAGUGGUGGAGGAAAAGGUGGCAGAGGAAGAAGUAGUGGAGGAAAAGGUGGCAGAGGAAGAAGUGGUGGAGGAAAAGGUGGCAGAGGAAGAAGUGGUAGGGGAAGUGGUAGAGGAAUUGGUGGAAGAAGAAGUGGUGGGGGAAGUGGUAGAGGAAGAAAAGAAGGAGGAUGCAUAUGAGGAAGAACAGAAAAAGUUGGAAGAAGAGAAAUCAAUUAGUGAAAUGGCCUUCGGACAACUUGCAAUCAGUCAACCAACAUUUGGACAGUCUACAAUUACUCAAACCACCUUUGGACAGACUACAAUUACUCAACCUACCUUUGGACAGACUACAAUUACUCAACCUACCUUUGGACAGACUACAAUUACUCAACCUACAUUUGGACAGACUACAAUUACUCAACCUACAUUUGGACAGACUACAAUUACUCAACCUACAUUUGGACAGUCUACAAUUACUCAACCUACCUUUGGACAGGCUGCAGUUGGUCAACCUACCUUUGGACAGCCAGCAUUCAGUCAGCCUACCUUUGGACAGCCAGCAUUUGGUCAGCCUACCUUUGGACAGCCAGCAUUUGGUCAGCCUACCUUUGGACAGCCAGCAUUUGGUCAGCCUACCUUUGGACAGCCAGCAUUUGGCCAACAUGGAUUUGGUCAGCCCGUAUUUGGCCAACAUGGAUUUGGUCAACAUGGAUUUGGCCAGAAUCCUACCCUUGCUGCUCAAUCUUCUUUGAAAGCACCAACAACUGGUGGAUUUGCUAGAUAUACAAGUAAUAGUAAACUUGGAGGCUUCGGUGCACCCUCAGCACCAAGUGAUAAUACAAACACACCCCAAGAUUCUCGUUUUACACAGCAUCGAGGAUAA